GGAGCUUCAGUCGAGCGCCCACAAGUGCGCGUGAACUGUGAACAGUCGAACAUCAUCCGUCUAUGGCUCUUCUAACGGAGCUCCCGUUACGAGACUUUCCUACUUUGACCUUUUACAUGUAAAAAAGUCCCCAAAUCAUUCGAAAAGUAAAGGCGCUUCCCUCUCCCCCAUCUGAACUCCAACAAUACAUUCGAAAAAAGCCUUCGAAUCCACCACAACAGUAGCAGUAUUAGUUCAUCCUCGGGAAUACGAGCUCCAUCUCAUAAUUGAUCAAGUCGUUAGUUCUUUCCGUCUAUCAUUUACUGAAUUUUGCUAAAGCUAGGGUUUUUUUCUUCCGUGGGGCUCAGUUGUCAUGUUAGUGAGUAUAAAUCUGUAAAUUGAUGGUGAUUUUGCUUUCAGACUUGGGUCCUGAUUAAGGUUGAGGAAAGAUUUGGUAGUUUUAGGUGGAAUCUUAUUGGGAAUUUUGGGAAUUUUAAGUUAUUGUAGUGGUUAAGAAGUAGAGGUCGGGGAAACUAGGGUUUGCUCGGAAGAAGUAGUUUGUAUGAAAUCUUGAGGUAAAAGAUGUUUUAUUCUCAGUUUAUAUUAGCGAAAAAAGGCCCCUUGGGUACAAUAUGGAUUGCUGCUCAUUUGGAGCGAAAGCUUCGCAAAAAUCAGGUUUCAGAUACCGAUAUCGGCGUCUCUGUAGACUCGAUCCUUUUUCCUGAAAUGCCGAUUGCACUCCGGUUGUCCAGCCAUCUUCUACUCGGUGUUGUUAGGAUAUAUUCAAAGAAGGUGAGUUACCUUUUCGAUGAUUGUAGCGAGGCGUUGCUAAAAGUAAAAAAUGCUUUUCGAGCCAAUGCUGUGGACUUGCCACCUGAAGAAUCCACCGCUCCAUAUCACGCCAUAACCCUACCGGAGACCUUUGAUCUGGAUGAUUUUGAGCUUCCCGACAAUGAAAAUCUUCAGGGUUUUGUUGAUCAUCAUGUUGGUGCAAAGGAACAGAUCACACUUCAAGAUACUAUGGAGGGUGUUGUUUACACUACUUCUGAAUUUGGACGAGAUGAGAGAUUUGGUGAUGGUGAAGCAUCUCACUUGGACCUUAAUGAGGAACUUGUAGUGGAGAAGGCUGCAACAACUGCUGCUGAUACUAAUACCGAUACAUUGAAUUCAAACAGUGUUGAUCUUGAUCCUCAGGCAUCUUUCCAUGCAAAAACACCUGCAGAACCUGCUGCUGAUACUGAUACAUUGAAUUUAAAUAGUGUUGAUCCUCAAGCAUCUUUUCAGGCAAAAACACCUACAGAAACUGCUGCUGAUACUGAUACAUUGAAUUCAAAUGUUGAUCUUGAUCCUCAAGAAUCUUUCCAAGAAAAAACACCUGCAGAAACUGCUGCUGAUAUUGAUAUUGAUACUGAUACAUUGAAUCCAAAUGUUGAUCCUCAGGCAUCUUUUCAGGCAAAAACACCUGCAGAACCUGCUGAUGUUACUGAUACUGCUACAUUGAACUCAAAUGUUGAUCCUCAGGCAUCUUUUCAGGCAAAAACUCCUGCAGAAACUGCUGGUGUUACUGAUACUGAUACUGCUACAUUGAACUCAAAUGUUGAUCUUGAUCCUCAGGCAAAAACACCAGUUAAGGAUGAUGAAGAUCAUGAUGCCAUGUCUGAUGAUGAUGGUUUAGAUCAGAUGGAGGAUUCUGAUGGGUAUGAUGAUGGUGAUGCUGAUUAUGUCCCAGAUGACUAUGAGGGCCCCUCAACUCCUGGACUAUGGGAAGAACCAAAUUUGCCCAAUAUUCAAGAAACUCCAACAUGUGAUGAUGAAUCUCUAAAAGAGAAACUAGAAAACACUUCCCAAAAGGUGACUCAUUACAUGCCACAUCAGCAAGAAAAGUCAACUCCAGUGGACCAUAUGUCAAUCAAUGAUUUUAGUCAUCAAUCCAUUACUAUGACUCAAGGUCUUGCAGGAGUUAAAGAAACAUAUUACGAAAAUGCCAUUGAAAAAGAACAUGGAAACGAUAUCAACACCCGUGACAAUUGGUUUAAAGCUCAAGGAAAUAUUGAAAAUGCAUACCACCCUACUACUUCCCAUUUGGUAUCAAAUUCAGAAACCCUAAAUGAACAUGAGAAUAAUCCUACAAAUGUUUCUUCAUUUCACUCACUUGAAACAAGAGAAAAAGAAAAUCCCUCCAAUUUUUUUGGAGGAUCUGGUUUGAUGCAAGGGGAAGCUUCACAUGCAACAAAUACAUUCGAUUUAAACUUGCAAGAGAUUCACUUCACUCAAUCUCAUGAUGAAGAUCAAGUGGGAUGCAACUUAUACAAUGAACAACCAUACAAUGUGAAUCAAGGAGAUAACAACACCACCUACACUUCACAUUUCUCUUCAUCCGAGAGAUUACUUGGUGUGCAAGAAAGGUUUCAAGAUAUACCUCAACAAGACAAAACAAAUAUCUACACAUCUCAUUUUCAAGCUUCUGAGAGAUUACCUGUUGUACAAGAAAGGUUUCAAGAUGUAAAUCAAGGAGUUAAUAACAUUAACAUCAACACAAAUCUCUACACUUCUCCUUUGCUUCCUGUACAAGAAAGGUUUUCAGAUCAUGUAACUACUCAAAGAGAUAACACAAGCAGUUACACUUCUCAUUUCCCUGAUACAGACAGAUUACUUGGAGUACAAGAAAAGUUUCCACAAGGAGAUAACAAUAACAAUAACAUUAACACGAGUGGUUACACUUCUACUUUCCCUACUGCUGAUACUUUGCUUGGUGUGCAAGAAAGGUUUCCACAAGGAGAUAACAUUACCACGAAUAGUUACACUUCUCAAAUCUCUGCUCCCGAUAGAUUACUUGGUGUACAAGAAAGGUUUCAAGAUGCAAGUCAAGGAAACAAGUCAAACAACACAAAUGUCUACACUUCUUCGUCUUCUUCUCAUUUCGCUCCUGCUGAGAGAUUGCUUGCUGUGCAAGAAAGGUUUUCAGAUGCUGUGCUUCGACAGAAUACUACACCUGUUCAAGAAAAUUUGUCCAGGGGCGAUGGUGGUCAUUUGACAAGUGGAAAAAAAAGGAGUUUCAAUGAUAGCUCAAUGAUGUCGCAAAGUAUCAAUUUUGGUGAUCCUUCUGGUUUAUUGACUACCAACAUAACUCCCCACUCUGUUCCAAAUAAUGAUGAUAUUCUGUCAUCCAUUUUAGUUGGAAGAUCUUCAGUUAUGCAAGUGCAGCCGACACCUCCUCCACAAAAAAGGCGGCGCCAGACUGCACCCAAACCGCCCAAGAAUAGUGUUCCGCCUAAAAGAAAGGUGCCCAUGGAUGAUAGCACUGUGUUGCAUGGCGAUAUGAUACGCCAGCAAUUGACUGAUACAAGUGACAUAAGGAGACCAAGAAAGAAGGUUUCUUGUACUUGGGUUGAACUUUCAAUGAUUCACAAACAACUUUGGGAAGAUGCCAUUUUUCAUGAAGCUUUAUUUACUGGCAUGUCAAUCAAAUUAGCUUCUUUGCACAGUCGAUCAUAUGAUUUAAGGAAAAUUAGGGUUUCCCGUAUAGAAUCUUCUUCAGAUGCACCACCCGUUUCCCAACUCGAUGAAAAUGUCGAAAAUGCCCCUGAAGAAAAUCUCAAUCUCCAUGAGGCUAACAAAGAUGAUUAUCAUGUUAGUGAAGAACAAAUGAAUUCAACCAAUGAAGUAAGAGAACCGAUUACUUUAGAAACUGCAACAAUUGAGACAGAUGCUGCUCCUGCUGCUCUCCAAAGUGUUCAAUCGGAUGAAAAGAGUGAAAAGACGGAUCUGCCCUCUGUUGGGACGGAUGCUUCUAUAGAUAUAAAUAGUAAAUACAUCGACAAUAAAACCGAUGAAAUUAAGAUUGAUAUUGCUUCACCUGAAAAGACGUCAGAAGCGAAAGAUGAGGUGGAGGUUGAGGUGGUGGUGGUGGGACCCGAGGUGGUUGCCAUUGAUCAAGAAACUGAAGAAAUUGGGAAAAAUGAGAAUGAGGAAGAAACCCCAAAACCAGAAGUGGAGUGUAUUGAAAAUAACUCGGUUCCCGAGGGUACUUUUGAUCAUGAAGAUGCUUCUCCAGAAGAAACAAAUAUGGAAGAAGAUGAUAAUAAUCCCAAGAAUAGGGUUGAUGAUGAUGAUGAGGUGGAAUAUUCUCCAGUUCAGAAUAAUACAGAUUUUCUGAAUUUGGAUGAUGAAGAUGAAAAUGAUGCUGAAGAGCCUGAUGAAGAUUUGAGUGACACUGAAGAAAAACGUUUAAUUGAUAACAGUGGAUGGUCUUCACGUACCAAGGCUGUUGGAAAAUAUCUCCAAAAUAUGUUUAAUAAGGAAGAAGAGAAUGGAAGAAAGGCUCUUCGUAUGAACAGCCUUUUAUCUGGGAAAACUCGCAAGGAGGCAUCAAGAAUGUUUUUUGAAACUUUGGUUCUUAAAACGAAGGAUUAUAUCCACGUGGAACAGAGUGAUGCCUUUGAGAACAUUGAGAUAUUGCCACGAUCGAAGCUUCUGAAAUCAGACUUUUGAUCUGAUGGAAGAAAAAAGAAAAGUUAUGUUGUGUAGCUUGUUUUAGUAUUUUAAGCAUUUUAUAUGGAGAGAGGAUGAUAUAUUUAUUUGUAAUUAAUCUGUAAAAUAAUACCUUCUGUAUUAUUGUUAGAUGCUAACAUGUCUUGUCAGUUCUUUAUUAAUAAUCUUGUUUAGAUGUUGUGUGAUUUUUAGUCAAUUAACUUGUUAUUCGAAAAA